CGGCCAUUUACGAACACAGUUUUCACACAGUUUCUAGCUUCCUUCAGCUGGUUGUUGUCAGUUGCUCUGUUGCAUUAUCAACAGAUGCCUUCAGUGAUAUUACAACUGUCAUAUCAGACUUUCACUAGGUGAUAUAAACAUCUGCAGUCAUGAGUGAGUUUAGGAUUCAUCAUGAUGUUAAUGAACUUCUGGGUCUGCUGAAUGUUCGUGGUGGAGAUGGUGCUGAGGUUUACAUCGAUUUACUGCAGAAGAACAGGACACCGUACGUCACCACUACUGUAUCUGCACAUAGUGCUAAGGUCAAAAUUGCAGAGCACUCCAAAACACCCGAAGACUUCUUAAGGAAAUAUGACGAGCUGAAGUCCAAAAAUGCUCGCAUUCUGGAUCCUCUGGUGUAUCUUCUCUCCAAACUCACAGAGGACAAAGAGACUUUGAAAGUCCUGCAGCAAAAUGCCAAAGAGAGGUCAGAGAUGUCAACUAAUGCGACGUCAAGCACGGCCACAUCCUACAGCAUUCCUGCGACCAGCAGCAAAAUGUCCAUGCAGGAAUUGGAGGAAUUGCGGAAAAAGCUUGGGAACGUGACAGCCAGCUCCAACGUGCCACAGUCUUCAGAGGUGAUCCGUAAAAUGCUGAGAGACAGACAUAACAAGAAGAACCCCACUCAACCAAAUCCUGUGUUUCCAAAUUGGGUGUAUGACCGGCCUGCUCUGAUUGGAGAUUUCAUCACAAGCCCCACCCCUGUGGGAGAUCCGGUCGUGGCUAUUGGUUCAAUGCCACUAGCCGCACAGGAACACGCUUUGGUUGAGGAUCUGCUGUAUGUGUUGACCGGUGUGGACGGCAGGGACAUCAGUGCUCAGCCUGUGCUCGGCAGACAGAGUCGCUCCUUUAUCGUGGACCCGUCCUUGGACAUGUCCAUCAAAGAGCUGGUGACCCGGAUAUUACCGGUUGCAUCGUGUUACUCCACUAUCACACGGUUCACUGAGGAGAAGUCAUCAUUUGAGUACGGUCAAGUGAAUCAUGCCCUGACUUCAGCCAUGAGAACUCUGAUGAAGGAAUAUCUCAUCCUGGUCACUCAACUGGAGCAUCUACACCGGCAGGGCACGCUGUCCCUUCAGAAGCUUUGGUUCUACAUACAGCCCACCAUGCGUACCAUGGAAAUCCUGGCCUCAAUCGCCACCUCUGUAGAUAAAGGGGAGUGUAUGGGCGGCUCAACCCUCAGCCUCCUUCAUGAUCGAACUUUCAAUUACACCGGAGACAGCCAGGCUCAAGAGCUCUGCCUUUAUCUGACCAAAGCAGCCAGUGUGCCGUACUUUGAAAUACUUGAGAAAUGGAUCUACAGGGGCAUCAUUAAGGACCCGUACAGUGAAUUUAUGGUUGAGGAACAUGAGCUACAGAAAGAGAAGAUUCAAGAAGAUUAUAAUGACAAAUACUGGGACCAACGAUACACCAUCGUCCAGCACAGGAUCCCUUCCUUUCUGCAGAAGAUGGCGGAUAAAAUAUUAAACACAGGCAAAUAUUUAAAUGUGGUGCGCGAGUGCGGGCGUGAUGUGACGUGUCCAGACGCCAAAGAGGUCCUCUACACGCUUAAAGAGCGAGCGUACGUGGAGCAGAUUGAAAAAGCUUAUUAUUAUGCCAGUAAGGUUUUGCUUGACUUCCUAAUGGAGGAAAAGGAACUUGUUUCACGCCUGAGGUCGAUCAAGCAUUAUUUCCUAAUGGAUAAAGGAGACUUCUUUGUGCACUUUAUGGACCUGACGGAGGAGGAGCUAAAGAAGCCAGUAGAUGACAUCAUUCCCCCGCGACUGGAGGCUUUGUUGGAACUGGCUCUCAGGAUGAGCACCGCUAACACAGACCCCUUCAAAGAUGAUCUAAAAAUUGACCUAAUGCCCCAUGAUGUCAUCACCCAGCUCCUGCGCGUCCUGGCCAUAGAUACCAAGCAGGAAAAAGCCAUCAUUAAUGCAGAGCCAACAGAGGUGUCGCUCAGCGGCCUGGAGGCCUUCUCUUUCGACUACAUCGUCAAGUGGCCGCUGUCACUCAUAAUCAACCGGAAAGCAUUGACAAGAUAUCAGAUGCUCUUCAGACACAUGUUCUACUGUAAGCAUGUGGAAAGACUCCUCUGUAAUGUUUGGAUCAGCAAUAAAGAAGUUAAACAGUAUUCACUGCAGUCCGCCAAGUGGUUUGCAGCCGCAUUCGCGUUGAGACAGAGGAUGCUCAACUUCGUCCAGAACAUUCAGUACUACAUGAUGUUUGAAGUUAUGGAGCCAACGUGGCACAUCAUGGAAAACAACCUGAAGUCUGCCUCCAACAUCGAUGACGUGCUGUGUCACCACACCAGUUUUCUAGACAACUGUCUGAAGGACUGUAUGCUCACCAACCCGGAGCUGCUCAGGAUCUUCUCCAAACUGAUGUCCGUCUGCGUGAUGUUCACUAAUUGCAUGCAGCGCUUUACUCAGAGCAUGAAGAUAGACACCGAGAUGAAGCGUACAGACGGCUGUCCGGCCCCGAGCGAGCGGAUGGAAGAGGCAGAGAAGAAGAGAGUGACCUCUAAAUUCCUGGCUGAACACGUGGACGCCCUCCAGUCCGACUCGGGGUUUGAAGGCACCAUCGGCAAGUUUGACAGCAACUUCAGCACCCUAUUGAUGGAUCUUUUGGAUAAACUUAGCAUUUACAGCACCAAUGACUGUGAACACAGCAUGAUCAACAUCAUCUACAGGCUGGACUUCAAUGGCUUUUACACUGAGAGACUGGAGCGAAUGGCCAUUGAGAGGAGCCAGAAGACCGCCACAUAACACGCGGAGUGUCAGAGAACAGUUUGAAAUGUGAUGUUUGAUGAAUUAUUCAUAUUUAGUGCUGUUAUGUGGUGCUGCAUCAUGAAGCACUUGAUGCAACAAACCACAAGUCCUGUGGGAACAUUUUCUCCAACGCAUUCAAAUAUGUUUGUUGGUCUUGUACAAAUGCAAUUAAUUACAAAUGUAAACUCAAUAAAAUGAAACCGUAAAAGUGUU